UCUGGAUCAGACAAUGAAGAUCAUACAGCUUCACAUCUAUCUGUUGAUGUGGUCUCAAGCCGCAGAGAGUGUAACAAACACAGCAGUAACUUUAGGAGCUGAUGUGAAUAUAAGCUGUGAUCUUGAUAUAGAGGAGAUUUACUGGUACAGACAGAAAUCACCAGAUCCUCCAGUGUUCAUCUUACGCACUUACAGCAGCACAUAUGAAGGAGCUAAAUAUGAAAACAGCAUCUUCAAACUCAAAUACUCGGUGAAAACUAACAGCUGUCUGUUCAUCAGAAAUAUCAGCACUGAUGAAUUAGGAGUUUAUUAUUGUGUCAAAACUAGUGAACCAUUAAAAUUCAGCAACGGCACCAAAAUCUACAUCAGCGACUCGAUCCACAGGAAUCAGACAGAAUCAGAUGAUGAUCCACAACAUGAGACUCAAUGGAGAAACCUGACCAUCAUCACAUCUGUUCUGCUGAAUGUGCUUCUGAUCGUCGCACUGAUAGGUUUGCUGAAGAGACACAUUGAAGCAACUGGAAGAUCUAAAAAUGACACUGCAGCUAAAAACUCAAAUAAUCCACAGUGUCCCGGAAACAGCAGGUCAUGUCCAGAGCAGAGCACAACUGUCUACAGCCAAUGUAUGAUGUAAAAUACAUUAUAAAUACAAAUUAUUAUUUUUUUUUUACAAGCUAAAAUUGAUUUAUUGUCAU